CACUGGCCAUUCUCCCCUUCUCUCUCCUCCCUCCCGGAGUUAAAAGGAGGCCAGGCAUCCAGAGCACAUAGGGGGGCUGGAAAGUGAUUCCCUCUCACUUGAUUUAGAGGCUUUCAAGCUUUAGGAUUAUGGCUUCGGAGGAACUGUAUGAGCAUCACAACGUUCACAAAUGCAGCAAUGGAAUGAAGUCAUCAAAUUUGAAGAAAAACUUGGUAGAGAGAAUUGUGGCCAAGAGGAAAAAUAAAAAAGGGCGAACAGAGUACUUGGUCCGGUGGAAAGGUUAUGACAGUGAUGAUGACACAUGGGAACCAGAACAUCAUCUGGUGAACUGUGAGGAGUAUAUUCUGGAGUUUAACAGGCAGCACAGUGAUAAACAGAAAGAUGGACCUUUUUCCAGAACAAACAAACACACUCUAAACAAUGCUCGAAAACAGAUUUCUCGGUCGACCAACAGUUCUCUGUCAAAGUCUUCUCCCAGAUCACCAGGAGUUGGUAAAGACUGUGAUUCAAAAAGCUCCAGCCAGUUCUUGUCAAGUCACCAGAAAUAUCGAAAAACCAGCUCACAGACUUUCUCCAGUAGGAAGACGAUGGACCUUACUAAAUCUGGCAUCAAAAUCCUAGUUCCCAGAAGCCCCCUAAAGAAUAGGAUAGUUGUUGAUGGUUUUCAGGAUACCUCAUCAGAUAGAUUAGAGCAAAUGUCACAGAAUCCAGACUCUGUAGCACCAGACCUGGCUAUUGAAAAGCCAUUUGGGGCUUUGCUUGUCCCUGGAACAGAGAGAGCCAGAAUGGGAACCAGGCCAAGGACACAACCAUUAUCACCCCAGCUGCAACUGCCGGUGACGGGAGCAACAGCUUCAGCAUUAUCAUUUAAUGGAAAAGGUACUCCUACUUUCUUGGAUGCUUUGGGGGCUAAUGGUACAACCAAUAUUCAAAGUUCAGUAACAGGAGUUACAGGACACAAGAGGAAAUUUAUAGAUGACAGACGGGACCAACCUUUUGAUAAGAGAUUAAGGUUCAGUGUGAGACAAACAGAAAGUGCCUACCGAUAUAGGGAUAUUGUUGUCAGGAAGCAAGACGGGUUUACACACAUUUUACUUUCCACCAAGUCAUCAGAAAAUAAUUCCUUAAAUCCAGAGGUUAUGAAGGAAAUGCAAAGUGCCCUGAACACUGCAGCAGCUGAUGAUAGUAAACUGGUUUUGCUGAGUGCUGUAGGAAGUGUCUUUUGUUGUGGUCUUGAUUUUAUUUAUUUCAUUCGACGAUUAACAGAUGACCGCAAACGGGAAAGUAUGAAAAUGACUGAAUCCAUCAGGAGUUUUGUCAAUACGUUUAUCCAGUUUAAGAAACCAAUCAUAGUAGCCGUGAAUGGUCCUGCAAUUGGCCUUGGAGCUUCCAUUUUACCUCUUUGUGAUGUGGUGUGGGCUAAUGAGAAAGCAUGGUUUCAGACUCCUUAUACUACUUUUGGACAGACUCCAGAUGGAUGUUCUUCGCUGACAUUUCCCAGAAUUAUGGGAUUAGCUUCUGCGAAUGAAAUGCUGUUUAGUGGACGAAAGUUGACUGCACAGGAAGCAUGUGCAAAAGGAUUGGUAUCACAGGUUUUCUGGCCUGGAACAUUCAGUCAGGAGGUUAUGGUCCGCAUUAAGGAACUAGUCGCGUGUAAUUCCCUUGUACUUGAAGAAUCCAAAGCUCUCAUCAGAAAUGCCAUGAGGGGGGAUUUGGAACAGACCAAUGAAAAUGAAUCUGAUGUUCUGAGGAAAAUCUGGAGCUCUUCUCAGGGGAUGGACUCUAUGCUGAAAUACCUACAGAAGAAAAUUGAUGAGUUCUGAAUAUGUGCUUUGUCAUUGGAAAAUUCUUUCCUGCUGGGUUGUCCAUGUUGGCCCUCAUUUAAAAAUAGAGGGAUGGGAGAAACUGUAGAAAGACAAAUUCUCGAGUCGCAUCUACUCAGAAGCUGAGGAGCAAAGGCUGGACAAUGGAAGCUGAAGAUCUCAACUAGUACUGUAUUGUCAUCAUUCAAAAUGACGACAGAAAAAGCUACAAGGGUAUAAUGAUUGGUGUGCACUACCAAACUUUUCAGUUCUUUGUUUAUCUAGUAGCUUUUGUCCUUUGCGAUUACUGCACUGUAUGUUACUAUGCUUUCCAAAUACAAAUGCUAUAGGUGUUUGUGACAGGGAAGCUUGGAAAAACACUCAGCUUAAAAGAGGGGGAGGAAAGAAAGACGGGUAAUAACCAGCCUCCUCCUCGCUGCCAGAGAGUAUGUAAGGCUGGUUUAAAUUAAAAAUAAACACUCUCAAAAAAAACCUGAAAGGUCAUAGGUAUCUAGUUUGGGGAGAGGAUUACAAAUACCUCAACAACAUAAAAAAGAACAAAAGACACUUAUAGUUUCUGACAGUGGAUCUAGUGUCUAACAUGAAUCCUUAAGUCUAUACAUAUCCCUUUGAAGAGUCUAUGUGUACAUGUUAAAUGUGCUCAGGAGGUGUGUAGUAAAUGUUUGACCCAGUUCCGGAACAUAUUAGUACAUUAUUAUCCAAUAAGCAUGAAGAAACCACUGGCUCUUUAAGAAAAACUUGCCUUGCAGUAUUAGUGAUUCUUUGUGAAUCUAAUAUAAAAUAAACAACAUAAGUUAAAGAUUAGUUUUAGUGUUUUUAAAGUGUAAGCUUUUUUCCUCUUUGUUUUAAUCAGCUAUAAAUGUAUACUUCGUUUCUGGGUGAAAGCGAUAAAUUAUAGAAAGAGCUUGUGUUUUCUUUGCCAUUUAAAUUGAUAUAUUACACCAAAAAAUGCUUUAUGUAUUCAUAACGAUGGUUUUAGUACCACUUUAGAAACAUUUUCUUAAUUUAAUAAGUUAAAAAAAAUUCCUUUUGGCACACUAUUCAAAGCAAAACUCCUUCCAAAAACUACCUUAAAAGUAGGUGAUUCUUGUGUCAGCUUAUUUUAUGAUACACUAUGCGGUAUUCUUAACAGUGCCCCUGUAAAUAGUAUUGUGCAUUCCUUCUAGGAGUGGUUACUAAUUCCUGUUUGCAGAUGUCUCACUGGAUAUAGAUAUCUGCAUUUGCAAUCUUCUCUGAAUGUAUGAAUGGAAAUUAAAUCUUAUUUUUGUACAGUUUAUUUGUUUGUACUUAGGAAAUGAUCACCUCCCCUUCCCAGUGGAGAGCUGUACAUUGUGUAAAUCUGCCUUUACUUUGGAUUGGUACAGUAUUUUUGCAUCUGUGGGACCUACUUUUGUUCAGUAGUUUAAACUAUAUUAUAAACUGUACAAUCUGUAAAGUUUUAUAGGUUAAUAAUUAAAAUGAGCUGUGAAAAAAUCUGGGUAAAUAAAACUAAUAUUUCAUAUUCAAAA